AUGUCAGAUAAAAGUUCAAGAUUUAUUAAAGAUUUUUUUCAUUAUUUUAUUUCGUCAAAAUCAAAUAUUUUACCAAAUAAAAAUCUUUCAACUCCAUGUCUUUUAAAUAAAAAAGAUGAAAAUGGAAAUAAUAAUUUUAAUGAAAAAACUUCAUUAAUAAAAACAAAAUUAAUUCAACGUGAACAAAUUCUUGAAAAACUUAAACAAAAACUAAAUCAAGUUGAUCAACAACUUUUAUUAUUUAACAAAUCAUUACAAGAAGAUAAUUCUUUUUCUUCUUCACAUUCAUCACCUUAUUGUUAUUUAUCUUUAUAUGCCUUAGAACUUUUGUGA